AUUUCUCAAGGAGCAUCGAAGAAAAAGCAAAAUAAAAAAGGCCUUCUAGCAGUUCAUUGUGCUGCUAUACAAGGUCGAAUAGACGUUAUCGAGACUAUCAUGGAAUCUUAUGCUACAGAAUGGAGUAAAAUCCACAAAGAGAUGAUGGAAAAGAACACACCAAGUCUUCCAUAUCUUGCAUUAUCUAACAACCACUUGGAGUGUACUAAAUGGUAA